AUGCCUUAUCGUAUCGAGAUUUCGCCCAACAACCGGGCUGGCUGCACGAACAAGGAAUGCAAAGAUGCCAAGGUGAAGAUCACGAAGGGCGAAAUUCGCGUCGGAAGCUGGAUCGACAACGAGCGCUUCCAGUCCUGGUCCUGGAGACACUGGGGAUGCACCACACCCCGUGUGCUUCACAACAUCACGGAAAACAUCGCCAACGAGGACAAGUCCAUCGCUUUCGACACCCUUGAUGGCUGGGAGGAGUUGGAUGACGAAACCCGUGAGAAGAUCCGCACUGCCAUCGAGAAGGGCCACAUCGAGGAUGAUGAGUGGAAUGGCGAUGCUGAGUGCAACCGCCCUGGUAAAACUGGCAUGAGGGCCAAGUCCUCCAAUAAGGCUGAUGCUAAGGACGAUGCCAAGGAGACUUCCCCGAAGAAGACUAAGGCGGCUCCUGCCACUAAGACCAAGGAGUCCAGCAAGGCCAAGGAGUCUCCCAAGAGCAAGAAAACCGGUGACUCUGGAAAGAAGGCCCCCGGCAAGCGUGCCCAUCCCCCUUCCGCUAAGCAGGCCCAAGACACCGAGAGCAAGCCCGCCGCGAAGCGCAAGCGGGUUUCUAGCACCCAGGCCCGCCGUACCAAGUCCCCCACCAGCUCAGAGAGCUCCACCAGCGAAUCUGGCGAGGACGACGACUAUGUGCCUCACUCCAAGGGCAAGAAACGCGCUCCCGCCACCAAGAAGUAUCGUGGCAAGAAGUAG